UCACCACCUUCUGCUUCUUCUUCUUCUUCUUCUCCUCUGUUGUUAUCGAAUUGGUGGAGCAUGGAGUGGAAGGGCUUCCUGGUUUGCUUUCUUGUACUGGAGUUGGCUUCUCAGAAUGUGGCCAUGAGUCGGAGUCUGCCGGAGCAGGAGUUCGCCGAGCAGAAGAACUACUAUCCUCCCUCAACGGGGGGCUCUCCAUCUCACUCCGGAAGCUCCCACGGCACUGCGACGCCAUCGCAUGGUGCGCCGAGCACUCCCAGCGGCGGCGGCGGCGGCUAUUACCACUCGCCUCCGAGCAGUACUGGAGGAGGCAGUAGUCCGGCCGUCAACCCCUCGCCUUCCACGCCGGCGUUUGACCCGCAUAACUCUCCCUUCUUCACCGGCACAUGCAAGUACUGGGGGUCUCACCCCGAAGUCAUAACCGCCGUCGUGGGUUCAUGGGGCAGCAUCGGCGACCUCUUCGGCCACAGCUGCGCCGCCAUCUUCGGCAGCAACCCCAGCCUCCCGGCGGCCCUGACGAACACGAGGCAGGACGGGUACGGCGCGCUCUUCCGCGAGGGCACCGCCUCCUUCCUCAACUCCAUGACCAACAGCAAGUUCCCCUACUCCACGCCCCAGGUCAAGUCCGCCUUCGCCGGCGCGAUUGCCUCCGACGGCAUGGCGCAGGCCCAGGCCGACAUCUUCAAGCAAGCCAACGAGGGCAAGAUCAAGGUCUUAAGCUAAUCGUAUCGUCGCCGGCCGGAAUGUCGGUCCAACAUCGUCGGAUUUGUUUGCUUUGCUUUGAAUUUUCUAUUGCAUGCAUGCAUUAAUUACGUUAAGUGAUCAGGUGUUUGCCAAAUCAUGAAUAGCUAGCGCGUGAGAAUCGGUGGUGGUGGUCGUUAUAUAUCUAUAUUUGAUGAGUUGAAUUAAUGUCGUUAAAUUAAAUGUGGUGAGGUGGUGAAGGUUGAAGGGUUGUUGGAAGGUGUUAAAAAAAUUUUAUAUACUUUCAGUUAAACUA